AUGUCUUUGAACUUCGACGCCCUUGAGCAACACCUAAGUACCAGGUCCUACAUCGAAGGCUACACGCCCUCUCAGGCAGACGUUCACGUUUACAACUUGCUUACGGCACCAGAGCCAUCCAAGUACCCGCAUUCUGCCAGAUGGUAUUCUCACAUCAAGUCUUACGCCGCGGAGCAUGCGACUUUACCUGGCACAAGCACAGCUGGGCAGGCUUUCCUUCAAUCGGCAUCGACUCCGGCUCCGGCCGCUGCUGCUGCUGCUGAUGAAGACGAAGUUGACCUUUUCGCUGAUGACGAUGAAGAAGACGCAGAGGCAGAGAGGCUCAAAGCAGAACGUGUUGCCGCUUACAAUGCAAAGAAAGCCAAUAAACCCAAAGCAGCUGCGAAGUCUGUCGUAACCUUGGAGGUUAAGCCUUGGGACGAUGAAACCGACAUGCAAGCACUCGAGGACGCGGUACGUUCCAUUGAACAGGAAGGUCUUGUUUGGGGUGCCAGCAAACUAGUCGCUGUCGGCUAUGGCAUCAAAAAGCUUCAAAUCACUGUAGUUGUUGAGGACGAACUCGUUUCCUUGGACGAUCUACAGGAGAAGGUUGCUGAAUUUGAUGACUACGUCCAGAGUUCCGAUAUCGCUGCCAUGCAGAGUAAGCAUCCUCCUGUAUCUUGCAUAACGAUUUACACCUAA